ACAAACAACGAGACACCGAGAACAGUACUAAUGUUCAAGCUACAGCAGAAGCGAAAGGAGGAAGCGGAGAAGAAGGUCCGCGAGACCACCAGUCCUCCGUCUCUGAGCAAACAAAUGUCAGUCAGGAGCCGUUUCCUGACGCGAGAGGUCUCCGAGAUCCAAUCCUGCAUGCCCAAGACGUGCUCCGUCAGUUUCGGUGACGUAGACGACUUGAGACGUUUCACUCUCUACAUCUCCCCCGAGGAGGGCUACUGGAAAGGCGGGAAGUUCACAUUUGAAAUAGAGAUCCCUCCCGAGUACAACAUAAAGCCGCCCAAAGUAGUGUGUCUUACAAAACUAUGGCACCCCAACAUAACAGAAGAGGGGAAGAUAUGUCUGAGUAUACUGCGAGAACACACUAUGGACGGCACUGGCUGGCUGCCCACGCGGAGUCUCAAAGACGUGAUUUGGGGACUGAAUGCACUGUUUACCGACUUGUGUGAUUUCGAGGACCCUCUGAAUGUACCGGCAGCCGAACAGCACAACAUUAAUAGGAGGGCUUUCGAGAGGAAGGUCCGAGACUAUGUCAGAUCUUAUGCUGUUGAGUAG